UUGGAAGCGGCGCGCGACGGAGCCGGGAGCCGGUUCAGGCUAUUGUGUAUUAGUGUGCCGGCAGCUGGCAAGUGGCAGCCCGUCGCGGACUGACGCGCGCAGCGAACGUCUCGCAAUUGUGUCGAUUUCACCUCCAGCUAUAAACAAUCAUAUAACAUAAACCUGCUACACAAAUAUAACGUAUCACUUUGCGCCCCAUCACUAAUGCGGUCAAUAUUUUUAUUCGAAAUCUAGACGGUUGUAUUGAAUUAGAUACCGCAAUAAUCAAGCUGAGUUAAAAGGUGUAUUUUAGUGUUCUGUGUUACAAGUGAAAGGUGAUCUCUUGCGGUUUUGUGAAUUUGUGUCUGUGUUGUGACCAAUUGGCACUAUUUAAUUGGAAGCGAGGUCCGAAAUCCACGCAUCUUUGGUCAUUUAAAGAUGACUUAAGCUCAUCAGAGCUACUCCGGCACAUCGAGGCGGAGUCCUUAACUUCUUCAGCUGAUCGUAUAUGACCGUUUAGUGUAGGAUGCCGGCGCUCCGGCUGCUGGGGCGAAAAUGGCUAGCUGCCUCAGAUGAUCUUGUUUUUCCAAGUAUCUUUGAACUUCUCUUUCGAUUCGUUUGGUUAGUCUUGAUAGCUUUGGUGGUGGAAGUCCUCUAUCCAGUAACAUGGCAAUGUCAGACGGAGGGUUGGCACGGUGGAUCGUUCGUACGGCUGUAUCUCUGCGGGACCCUAGCCCUCCAGGCCUGCCUGAUGCUGCUGCUGUCAGGCCUGGCGCAACAGUCAGCCAGAGGCACCAUUACCGACACGGAUGCGAGGAAACUCGUAUCGCCUUUAUUAUUAGUUAAAGUAUUUUUAGUAAUGCCAGAAGUAGCUUUGAAUGUGAUGGGGACCAUGUGGAUGUUUUGUGAUGUGAUUGAGUGUGAUGUAAAGGACAAGUUCUCGAGUAUUGUCAUUCAGAGUAUAGUAUUAUUUAAUUGGGUGCAAUUGGGUCUAACAGUAUUUGGAUUAUUCAUGGUAUUCGAUCCACUGGGGUCUGUGAACUACGAUGAUAUGCAAGAUACGCCAAACCAAGCCAGACAUCACAGGAAGGUCACUGGUCUGUGGUCUCGAAGAUUUCGGUGGGCUUUCUGUUGGCUCAAGAGGGAUGAACAUGGAAAAGAAGCUUUUCAACAAGUUGCUGCGCUACUAAGCGCUUUGUUCAGGUCAACGGACCUCGUUCCUUCAGACGUUGUGGCUGGCUGCGUGUUACUAAGGGUCCGACAGAAACGUGAAACCAGAGAAAUGCGUCGAAUACAAAUGCUCAACGAUGAAGAGCCGAUUUACACUACCGAUGUGAACAAGGUGUUCUCGGAGACACCACCUUGGAUGAAUUUGGAUGACGCGCUGCAUUAUUUGAGGCUAUCUAUAGCAGCGUAUGGGUGGCCGUACGUCAUUUAUCGACAUUGUUUCACUGGAUUCUGCAAAUUGGCGAGGCAUUUGACGUGCUGUUGUUGUCGGCCAAAGAACUCAAUAGUCACGGAUGACAACUGCUGUCUAUGCCAUUUCGCCGGAGUCAAGUACAUGUCCAAAUUAUCUGCUGAUGACAUCAUAUUUGCCUCCUUCAAUAAUCGUGUGUUUGAAUUACCAUUCUGUGUGAUUGCGGACCACGACCGCGAAAGCAUAGUAGUGGCUAUACGAGGUUCUAUAUCACUAAGCGAUAUCUUCACUGACUUCACAGCUGGUUCUGAACGAUUCGAUGCAGAUGGAUUACCAGAAGGAACCGCAGCUCAUAAGGGUAUGUCGAUGGGAGCCGCGAAGAUGCUGCGUCGUUUGACGCCGGUGCUCGAAAGGGCUUUCCAACAAUUUCCACAAUAUGACCUAAUACUAACAGGUCACAGUCUGGGAGCUGGAGUAGCAGUAUUAGUGGCGUUAAAAUUAAGACCACGAUAUCCGCAUUUAAAAGUGUUCGCGUUUUCUACACCCGCUGGGCUUAUUAGCCGUGAAGCGGCGCGAUACACCGAGAGUUUCGUGCUGACUGUGGGCGUCGGGGACGACCUGGUGAUGCGGUUGAGCGUGCACAGCAUAGAGAACUUAAGGACUAAAGUUAUACAGACUAUACAUGCUACUAAACUGCCUAAGUAUCGUAUAAUGCUGAACGGUUUUGGGUACGCGCUGUUCGGGGUGCCGGCCCGCGACCUCGAGUCCACGUGGCGGCGGCCUGAGGAGCUAGAAGCGAACCACUCGGAUGACUCCACCGACGCACUGCUGCUGCAGGGCGUCUCCACCGUGAGUGCUGAAGCAGCCCUUGUAUCCCGUAAUGUGUUUGCGAGACGUUUUUCCACAGCGAGAUUAUUUACGGCCGGCCGAAUAUUACAUAUCGUUCGACGCAAGCGCAUGGGUAUUGAAAAUGCUGAAACAGAAGAAGAAAGGAAAGUGCGCAUCCAAGAGCCAACAUACGAAAUGCGAUGGGCGUGUCCCGAGGACUUCAUGGAGUUGCAAGUGAUGCCUCGCAUGUUACUCGACCAUCUGCCAGAAAACGUUCAUCGCACUAUAGAAACUAUUGUGACGGAGAAACAUCACUAUCGGGUCACACACGUAGUCUAGGCUAUUAGACCAUUUAUUUGUAUGUAUGUUACUCUUUAGGCAAUUUUUGACGUCUAUAUCUUAUCAGGAAUUAUUCCAAAUAUGACCAAUCUUUCUACUGUUAUAUACUCACAAUUAGAACAAAUUUCGGACUUAACAGAGUUGUACGGAAAAAUGGAAUUCAUAACAGCUUAUCUCAGAUAAGUAGGAAUUUUCUCCGUACGAAUCGUCAACCUUACAUGUAUCUUACAUAGCAGAAUAAUAAUUAGAUAUGUAAUGGGUAUUCAUACCAUACUCGAUACUGUAUAUCAAUGUACAUUAUUUUAUUUUUGUAAAUAUCGAUAUGUUUGUACCUACUGUUUGUAAAUAUUUUCCUAAAUAUUCUAUAUCGUACAUUAAAGGUUAGGAUUAAGCGUAAUGUGAGAAGACUGUGAUGAUGAUUUAUUAUGAAAUUUUACUAUCAAAGCUGGAGGGGGUUGUUAUAGAAGCAAGUGUAUAUAAAAAAGAAUUAGUUUUAAGUAAAAUCGUGACAAUGACCGGUGCAAGAUGUGUUUUAAUGUGUUUAAUCUGUAGUCGAACUCAAAAUUAUAUUUUAUUAGACGAUAAUAAGGUCUGCUUUAGAUGGAGUUGUGAACUCACAAAAUUUAUUUGCUCAAAUUCGAAAAUUCUUUAUUAAACGUUAAAUUGUCUAUAGUUUGUUUUAACGGUUCAGGACAAUAGCCUGAUAAACGCCAUCAUACGAGGGGUCUUUGUGACUAUAUUUGAUGACUCCAUAAUCGUUUACGUGUGUACCAGAAUAUUCUAUAUUUAUCUGUGGUAUGUUAUUAUCACAUAAUUUACCGGAACUCGCUACGAUGGUGUUGUAUCAGGUCUGAGUGGUAUUUCACACAUGCUAUUGUUAUUAAUAAAAAUACAAACAAUUAACAGCAUUUUUGUUAGGAAUCUUGUAGUAAAAAAAAACCCAUAGAUUAUACGUAGAAGCGAAAGUCCUCAAUUUUGAGAAUACCAUGCAUGUGUGAAAUGGCAUUAGGCUCGCUACCGUAAGUACAAUAAGUAGUUUUGUAAGAAUAUUGUUACCGGCGUCAAUUAAUAAAUACAAAUUACUUUAGUUUCCUAAAAUGUUGUUACUUCGGAAAUGCUUCAAACUUAAAACUAUUAAAGUAAGCAUAUCGUAGCCUCAUUAUAUUGUUAAUGUAAUUGUAUUUUGUAAAUGGAAAGUAGAUGAGUAGACAAUAUUUCAAAAUCUAUUUUCUUCAAUUAAAAUGAAGAUAAUUUCCUAGAGACAAAAUAUAAAUCAAUUCAGCUCUAACUAUUUCUUAUAUAAACGAUGCAACAUCUUGCCCGCAAUGUAUAGAAGUUUGAUACUUAUUCGAGUGAAUUACUCUUAAAGCAUUUUAUCUGUCACAUUCCAAGUUAAUAUUAUAGGUGUUUUGUAGUUAUUUAUGAUCUUGUAUGUACCUAUGUUUAAAAUCUUAGAAUUUCCUACGUUUUGUCAACAAAAAAAUUGUAAACGUGGAAUGUUUUAUAACUUUUAUGUAAUCAGUCAGGUCCUAGGCAAUAUUGAAGAUACGACGAUCUGGUGGCCUACCACGGCGUGUAAAGAUGAUAUGAGGUCGGAGACGCUUUUGAAAAUGAUGGAAAGAUCUACAAUUGCUGUCGCUCGAUAAAGACAAGAGCAGAUACCGUCUUAAGCCAUAAGCGAUUGUCAUAUUAAAGAUUGGCUUUCGCCUAUUUCCUCUUCCAUUUGACCAAUUUGAAAGAUAUUUUCAUAUUAAUAGGAAGAUACAUAUACUGUUAAUUUAUGACCUGCGCAGUACCCUAGUAAGUAAUUACUAGGGUACUGAUUGUACAUAACAAAGUCAAACAAGACUAUUAACAUUUUUUCUUUCUCUAAUGAAUAUUAUCGCUAUUGUAAGACAAAAUUCCACGGUGUAUAUUUUAUAUCAAGGCCCGAGACGUUUCAAUCAAAAUUUUACGAUCUACGUAGUAAGUUGUUGACUGAGCAGGGGUUUUUGAAGAUUAAACUGUAUGUUUGUUUCUUUUUUUUUAAGUUAUGAAUCGUCAGUUUCGUAGAAGUUUAAUUAUCACUUUGUUUCUACAAUCUUUUUACGUUCGAUGUGAUAAAUGAUCAUGACGAUUUUAUGUUGUUUUUAUUUGUUUUCACGUACAUUUUUGUAAGGUGUUUAUUGUAUGUUUGUUGUAGUUUUUUUUUUUUUACUUUAUGUAUUAUGGAAAAAGACAACACGCUUGGCCUCGAUGAAAUAUUACAAUUAUAGAUUAACUUGGAUACGUAGGGAGUAGGGAUGAAUCUCAAUAUUUUUAAUACAUAUAUAAACAUAUAAAUAUACGAUCCAGUAUUUUGUAAAUAAUAUACAUUUCUACUUUUGUCCAUUCACAUCUAUUUGUUACUUAACUGUUGUAAAUUCGAGUAUUAGAAGGACGAUGGUUCUUUUCACUUGUACCCUAAAUUAGGGCUUUUUAUUCUCUCACUGUAUGUUUUAGACUAUUGCCAAUAUAUUGUGUUGGGUUUGUGUUAAUUUAUAAUAAAUAUAUUUUAAGUAA